UCCCAAGUUAGAAGCAUGAAGUGGCUUGGGAUCCUCGGGCUGGUGGCCCUCUCACAGUGCCUAGUCAUAAUCCCUCUAACGAAGAUCAAGACCAUGCGAGAAACCCUCAGGGAAGAAAACCAGCGGACUAAUUUCCUGGAGGACAACACUGACCACAGGUCCCAGAAUGCCAGUGAUGACCCCAAUAUUUCUCUGCAACCCCUGAGGAACUACUGGGAUCUGUGCUAUGUUGGCAACAUCACCAUUGGAACACCCCCUCAGGGGUUCAGGGUCGUCUUUGACACUGGCUCAUCUUUAAUGUGGGUGCCCUCCAUCAACUGCUCCAGUCUCUCCUGCCGUACACAGAAUCUCUUCAACCCUCAGUUGUCCACCACCUUCCAGCCCUCAGACUGGUUCUUUGACCUGGAGUACAGCGCUGGGAGGAUUGUUGGAAUUCUUGCCUAUGACACCGUUCGGAUCAUGAACCUUGUUGACCUGGGCCAGGCAUUUAUCCUGAGCGAGAUGCAGAGUGGAAUGUUUCAAGCAUUCUUUGAUGGUGUCCUGGGCCUGGGCUAUCCCAGCCUUGCUCCCAAAAGGAUCAUCCCUGUUUUCGACAACAUGAAGAAACGAGGUGUCAUUUCUCAGCCUGUCUUUGCCUUCUACUUGAGCACCAAGAAGGAGAAUGGCAGUGUGGUGAUGUUUGGCGGUGUGGAUCACAGCUACCACAAAGGGCAGCUCAAGUGGAUACCAGUGUCCCGAAACCACUACUGGCAGAUAACCAUGAACAGCAUCACCAUGAACGGGGCAGUUGUUGGUUGUUGCCGUGGAUGCCAGGCCAUUCUGGAUACCGGGACUGCAUUGCUGGUUGGCCCAACUAGACUGGUUACCACCCUCCAUGAGCUCAUCAAUGCCAUGCCUUUUGGUGAAGAGUACGUGGUUCCAUGUAGCAACAUCCAGAGCCUGCCUGCUAUCAUCUUCACCAUCAAUGGCCAUGACUACCCAGUGCCCGCUGAAGGCUACAUCUGGAAGAGUCCUUACAGCACCUGUAUCAGCCGGAUUCAAGGGGGCUCAGAGACCUGGAAGCGGUCGGAGACCUGGGUCCUGGGUGAUGUCUUCUUGAGGCUGUAUUUCUCAGUUUAUGAUCGGGGAAACAACAGGGUUGGCCUGGCUCCUGCAGUGUAA